AUGAAUGUUCAUAAAAAAAUACUAGAAAAGAGUGGAAGAUUGGUCUCAUAAUAAGCUCAAUAAUAAUAAUAAUAACAUGCAAAGGAAGAAGAAUAUAUUCAAAAUAAAUAAAAUAGUGCUUAGUUAUAUUUUAAUGCCUGUUACAAUAAUAUUAGAAGUACAUCGAAUGUAUUCCCACAUUCAAAAUAAACCUUUAUAGAUUCAAAAAUUCCAUUUGCUAUUAUGAUAUAACCGUAUGGAUAAUCAGUACAAGAUGGAUUCGUGUCAGUCAAUAAUGGAGGCUACCCUAUUAUAAGAUGUGCAAAUUGUAGAGCAUAUUUGAAUCCAUUUAUGAAAUUCAUAGAUGACUUUGAAUAUUUAAGAUGCAACCUAUGUAAUUUGAUUACUUAAAUUGGAUUCAACACUAUAACAAAAGAGAAUUCAAAUGAAAGAACUGAACUAACAUUAGGAUCUUAUGAUAUCAAGGCUGGAUAAGAGUAUUAGGCAAGACCACCCAUGGCUCCUGCAUAUUUUUUUAUGAUUGAUGUUUCAACAAAGAGUGAAGCGCUUUUAGGAAUUAUAGGAUAGGUGAUGAAUGAAUUGAUAAUAAGCGAGUAAUUUAAUGAAAGAACAUUAUUCGGAUUUUUGACAUUUGAUUCUUCUAUUCAUUUGUACAAUUUCAACUCAAAACUAAAAUAAGUCUAGAUGUAUGUUUUAACAGAUGACAAUGAGCUGCCUAUGCCCGGAGAAUAUCUAUUUAAUUUACAAGACUCUAAAGACAUAAUUGUUGGAUUCUUGAAUUCUUUAGGUCAACUGUUUCCAAAACCUCUGUAGAAGAGUACAUAAUUCAUUGAAGCAUUGAAGAUAUCAUAAAAAUUGAUAAAAGAGAACGGAGCCAAAUUAAUUAUUUUAACAUCUUCGCCAAUUAAAGAAUUAAAUAUUGUGGAGAAUGGAAAGCAGCAAUUAUAUUUACAUAAAAGUAAAUCAGUAUUGACACAAAUUACUGAAAGUAUGUAUUUUCAAUUUAUAUGUCCAUCAAUAUUUGUAGUUCCAAAUAAUUACAUGAACAUUUACACUAUCAAUCAAUUAGCAACCUUUCUAAAUGGAGAUAUGUUUUAUUACGAUGAUUCAACUGUCUAUAGUAAGAAAUUGUUAUUAAAGUUUCAGCAACUAAGUUUAGGAAUGACUUAAAAGAAGUGUUGAGCAGAGAUUAUGCCUGGGAAUCAGUAUUUAGAAUUAGAACUUCAGUUGGAUGGAAGAUUAAACAUGUGUAUGGCAAUUACGUUGUGAAAACUUCAGAUCUUUUGAAUAUUAAUAAUUGCGAUGAGUAAAUAUUAAUGAUCAUUAUUGAUAGCUAAAAAGUGUUGGUUUAUGAAUUAGAAUUAACUGAACUCAAUCUGCCUUAUGAUCAUCUCUAUAUCUAAACUGCCUUAUUGUAUACGUCCUCAAAAAGCGAAAGAAGAAUUAGAGUUCAUAAUUAUUGUAUUCCUCUGAGUAAUUCCAUCAAAACUAUAUACUCACAUAUAGAUCAAUGCACAUUGGCAAUGACCAUCUUUAAAAUGGCAUUGUUUCAAAUUAAUUCAGCUAAGAAUUUGAUUCCUGUUAAAGAAUUCAUAAUCUCAACUAUUAGAUCGAUCUAUUAUAAUUGUAAAUUAUACAACAUCAGUUUGGAUUAAAUGCAUGCGUACUCUUUAGGUAUCAUGAAAUCUAUUAUGCUUAAUUACUCUUAUGAUUAAUAAAGUAUCAUGACAGAUUAUGUCAACUACUUUAGAAUUGUAUUUCAGUAUAUUCACUUCGAUGAAUUAGUUACUUAUUUAGUACCUCAAUUGUAUAAUGUGACUAAUUUACAAGAACAUUAAUGUGUUUAUGAUGAUGAGGGUCAGUUCGUAUACCCAGAAUAAUUGUCUUUAGUAUUGUCUGAGUUAUCAAGUGGAGGUCUUUAUCUGAUGGAUUGUGGACACUGUUUAAUAUUUUAUAUAUGCAAGUAUUUAAAUGUGUAAUUAGAGAAUACAUGAUCCCACUUAUUUAGUUACUCUAUUUGAUGAGGAAUACCACACUAAACAACUAAAUGAGGAUAACCUUUAAUCGAGCGAUCGAAUCUAUACUCUGAUCUCCCAAUUAAGAUAGUAUAAUUACAUUUAUAAAUUAAGCAAUAAGUUUACAAAGUAUGCUCCAUUGUACAUUGUCAAAUAAGGUUGUAAGAGUAUCUGGGAAGAUGUAUUUCUGCAAAAUCUAAUUUAUGAUGAUUUCAAUCCUUAGUAUAGAAUGGAUUACAAUAGAUUUGUAUCAUAUAUUGGUUGAUCAUAAAAUUGUGUAUAUAUUUAAUAUAUAUACAGGAUAGUAUACAAUUAUAAAAAUUUAAAUAAUAAAAAAUGAAUUCAUCCUAGUAUGGAGCAUUUGGUAUGAGUGGUAACAACUUUAAUUAAGGAAAACCACCUGUUAAUAAUUACAAUUUCGAAAAUGUUAGAGUAAUUAAUCACUUUUAUGAAAUUAGGCUUAAUAACCUGCACCUGGUGGACCGUAACCUUCUAGAGGAAAACCUCUUGGAACAGCAGCUAGAUAACCUCAAGCAGAAGCUAGGCCUAUGACAUCUAAUAGAGGAGCGAAUUUUGGGUAGAAGAAGGACCCAUUCAAUUCCACCCAAAAUCAAUUAAAUUUGAAUAAGCCAAAACUUGAAACUAAUCCUGAAGAAUAAUUUAAAUCAAUUGAAAAAGAAAUUAAUAACCUCAUAGAAUAAAGUGCCAUGGCUAAAUUGAGGGGAAACUUAUCCGAAUGUUUAGAAAAAGCAAAAGAAGCAUUCAAUAAGGAAAAAAAGUUAAGACAGUCCAAAGAAGCAUAAAAUUUAGCUGAAUCGAUUUCUAUUGAUCUCAGCUAUUGUGCAGCCUUAACCUAAGCAUGUGCUUUACAUGCAAAUGGAUUACAUUAAGAUGCUCUAACCAAAUAUCAAGAAAUUAUCAAAUGUAAAUAAUACCCUCAAGCAGGAAGAUUAAGAGUUAAUAUGGGCAACAUCUAUUUUGAAUAAAAGAAGUAUCCUACAGCAAUCAAGAUGUAUAAAAUGGCAUUAGACUUAAUUCCUGCUACUUCCAAAGAGAUGAGAUUCAAAAUAUAAAAAAACAUAGGCCAUGCUUAAGUAAGAAUGGGCAAAGAGAAAAUUAAGGAGGCUAUCUCAACAUAUGUAUAAAUCCUUAAGAGUUCUCCUGACUUCCCAACAGGCUUUAAUCUGAUGAUUUGUUUAUAUUUUAGCGGAAAUAAGAAUAUGAUGAAAGAUUAUUUCGUGACAUUACUAACAAUUGAAAUACCAGGUGAGAAUGAAGAAGAGAAUAAUGAAAAUAAGGGUACCACUAUUACAGAUAAAUUAAGGGAAGAUACUAAGGAAAGAAGGAGAGAAGCCAUUUAUUAUAUAGUCACAUCAGCAAAAUUAAUUGCUCCAUUGAUAGAAAAUGAUAUCAUUAUUGGAUACGAAUGGAUUUUAGAAUAGUUAAAGAAUUCAACAUUCCCAGAAGCCGAAACUGAAAUUGAAAUUUGUAAAGCUAUGGCAUUUUUGAAAAAGAAGAAUAUCGAAAAAUCAAUUGAAACUCUGAAAGGAUUCGAAAAGAAGGAUAAAUAGAUUAUGGCAAGAAUAGCAACCAACAUAUCAUUUUUGUAUUUCUUAGAAAAUGAUUACAAACAAGCUGAGAAAUAUGCUGAAAUUGCAAUUACAUAUGAUAGAUACAAUGCCAAAGCUUUAGUCAAUAGAGGUAAUUGUUUGUAUGUUAAAAACGAAUUCUUAAGAGCAAAGGAAUAGUACUUAGAAGCAAUUGGUGUUGAGGCUGAUUGUAUUGAAGCACUCUACAAUUUAGCAUAUGUCAAUAGAAAAUUGAAUAUGUUUGUGGAAUCACUAUAAGCAUUAGAUAAACUAUAAACUAUUGUUUGUAUUCCUGAAGUUCUGUAUCAGAUGGCUACAUUAUAUGAAAUGACAGGCAAUUCGAAAUAAGCCAUGAAAUGGUAUUUGGAAGUAAUGAACAAAGUACCAAACGACCCCAAUAUCUUGGCUAGACUGGGAUCGUUAUUUGCAAGAGUAUGAAUGUCAAUUAAUAAUUUAAUAGGAAGAUGACGAACCUUAAGCAUUGCAUUAUUUCUAAGAAUCAUAUCGAAUCUUACCCACUAACAUAGAAACUAUCUCAUGGCUGGGAGUUUAUUAUGUGAAAUAGGAAAUGUAUGAAAAGGCUAGUUUAUAUUUUGAGAGAGCUGCAUAGGUUUAAUCAAGAGAUGUAAAAUGGAAAUUGAUGGUUGCAAGUUGUUAUCGAAGAAUGGGACAUUUCUAAAAAGCUUUGGGAAAUUACUAAAAGAUUUAUUCAGAUUACCCUGAUAAUAUUGAAUGUAUUUAUUUGUAUUCAUCUAUAGGUCUCAGAUUUUUAGUUUAGUUAUGUAGAGAAAUGGGAUUACCAUAUGAAGAAUAUGCUGGAUAAUUGAGAAAGUUAGAGAGGGAAAUGGAAAUGAUGGAUGGAUAUCAAGGUCAAGAUAUCAAUUUAAUCAAUAAUGAUGAUGAAUAAGUUAGGUUGCCUUAAGGAGAUGACAAUCCUGUUAGUUUCACUAAUAAUACUAGGUAUUUAUUAAUUCAUAUUAUUAUUAUAGACGUGGGAAUAAACAACCACCUCCUAAAACGAAUGUUAGACAAAAUAUUGAUGAUGAGUAAUUCUAGGAUGGGGUAGAAGAUAAUUUUUUACCUUGAAUUGAUAUAAAAUAUAAAUAUAUAAA